GUUGCUGGGGCGCGGGUGUGGGGAGAAAGCGACUGUGGGAACGUGUCUCGACCGAGCGCUUGGAUUCAGCUUCUUCAUUUCCAGCAUGGAAGAAACUUACAUCGAUUCCCUGGACCCUGAAAAGCUAUUACAAUGCCCCUAUGAUAAAAACCACCAGAUCAGGGCCUGCAGGUUUCCUUAUCAUCUUAUCAAGUGCAGAAAGAAUCAUCCUGAUGUCGCAAACAAAUUGGCUACUUGUCCCUUCAAUGCUCGCCACCAGGUUCCUCGGGCCGAAAUCAGUCAUCAUAUCUCAAGCUGUGAGGAUAAAAGUUGUAUUGAGCAGGAUGUUGUCAACCAAACCAGGAACCUUGGACAAGAGACUCUGGCUGAGAGCACAUGGCAGUGCCCUCCUUGCGAUGAGGACUGGGAUAAAGAUCUUUGGGAACAGACCAGCACCCCAUUUGUCUGGGGCACAGCCAACUACUGUGGCAACAACAGCCCUGCAAGCAACAUAGUUAUGGAACCUAAGAGUAACCUGGCUUCAGGCAUGCGUGUUCCCAAGUCUCUGCCAUAUGUUCUGCCAUGGAAAAACAAUGGAAAUGCACAGUAACUGAAUAGCUCAUCAAAUCCCAGACUCUAGAAGACUCUUGUUUCUUCCUGCUACCAGUGGGUUCUUCGUGGUUUUUUCCUCCUAAUCUAAUUAUAGAAAGAUAAACUGUCUGUGACUUUCAAACUGACAAGUACCCUUUUUUUUCCUCCAUGCUUUGAGUCUUCACUCAUUUGAUGCAACAAAUGAGUUCGAGGGCUGCAGACAGCCCUCAAACUCAGAACUGUUUCAAAUAAAGCAUCAACGUAGAUAGCUUGAUAGUUUGGUUAAGUACCUGCAGCCCCAAGAUCAGAAAUCACAUCCCAUUUCACAUUAAUGAAACAUAAUUAUUUAAAGUUAUCUUAAAGGAUCCAGCUAAAGCAGGCAAGAAACUUGGGUUGGAAAAAGUAACUGUGUAUUUGUGUUCUCUGAUACACAUAGAUCAGAUUCCUUUUAAAAUUUAUAGGAAUGGUCCUUUUUUGAUCAGUGCAUCUCCUUAUCCAGAGUCUUCAAGACAUUGAUAGCAUUUAGAUAGCAAAACACCCCAUUCUUGUUUAGAAUCUGUAGAACACCUUGCUCCCUGAAUAUUUCCAACCUAGAGUAGGUUUCUUUUGUUUCUCUCCCACAUUCCAGCUAGAAAUUGUACUAGCUGUCAAGCCAGGUGUAGAUUAUGUAGGAGUGAAGAUUGGAAUGGAGGAGAGGAACAAUUGUAUGUGUGGAGAAGAGAGAGGCUUUCCACCUAUGUGUGAAAUUUGAUUAAGCUUCAAAGCUUAAAUGUGUGAUGGCCCUGCUGACUCUCCUGGAAUGUGUGUAUAAGAAGUUAGAUUUCUGAAACACCCAAGGCUCUGGCUAGCCUAGCAUUUUGUUGGCCCUUACAAGGAAACUUCAUAAUCUCCCCAGACCAGCUUUUUGUUUGUUUGUAUCUGUGCAUUUUUGUGUGUGUGUUUUUGUUGGUUGGUUGGUUUUUUUCAGGUUUGGUUUGGUUUGGUUCUAAAUCUGUCUGGCAGGGAGAGGGAUUGGGGAUCUGGUAUAGAUAAGGACUUGAAUGAAGCAUAGUGAUAAUUUCAAAAAUGAUCCAUGUAACAUUUUUUGUGAGUAACAGAUAAGGAAGAGUGGGCUCUUGUGGAAUGCCUUCUUUCAUGAUAUUUACACGAAACAGGAUUCUCUCCUAAUAGAAGCAGAGCUGUUUAUUUAGUUGCAGUGCCUAAAAACGGGUCCAAGAUAGCCCCAGUACAAUGGUAUUUCUGCUUCUAGCUGUGUGAUCUUAAGAGAAUAACUAGACCAUUUCCUCUGGAGAGGGUGAUAAUGUAUUGAAGGGGGGAAAACACCCAUUAUGCCACUAAUUCUGAUUAUUUGUGUAUCAAUCAAUACUCACACCAACUUAAGGUUAUUUAAUAGUCUUAUUACUAGAAAAUACAAAACCCUUUUGAUUUCAUUUGGGUGAUAACAGAACAAAACUCUUAUACUACACUUGUAACCCAGAACUCCUACCUAGUUUAGGUAAAACAAGCAAGGUUGUGAGUCUCAUUGCAAAGAAUUAGCUGCAUGAAUACAACUCAACAAAGGAAUCAAAUAGAAACCACAAAAUCACAAAACAUCUAACCAUUUCGAGUAUGAGUAGGAGAAUGCCUACCUGUGUUAAUUUUGUUAGCUCACAAAAUAAAUCCUGUGGUUUCUUCAGUAAACUAAUGAUUAAAGCAGCCAAUUUGUCUGGUCCAGGAGCUUUCUGAGACUGCUUAGGGUAUUUAUUGGGCCUAGAAUUCACUAGUCUGGAUUUAGUUUGCUGGUGAUUUUUGGAGAUUCCCAAAAACUAGAAUAAAGAAGUGACUAUUUAUAGGUCCGUCAGAAUUGGGGAGGAGAAGCUUACCUGUAAGACCCUUUUUUUCAGAGAAUGCUUCCCUUUGGAAUGUGGACAGGUAAGCAGCUGAAUAUUCUUUAAUUUCAGUUAAAGUCAAGUGUUAAUGGGUAAAGGUUAAAAGCAGAGGUGUUUCAAAAGCUUAGCCCAGAGAGCCUUUGAGGCCUGCAUUUCGAUCUUAUCCAGAGCCUCUACAGUCUACCCCAAGGAGAGGAUUUGCUUUUUUGGAAGAUUGCCUUUCUCUGUAGGGGUUCUGGAAGUGCCAUUGUGAUUUGCAAAUGUUCUCACCAGGAAUAAACACAUGUAGGUUAAAAUGAUGCUGAGCUCUCCUGGUAGCUGUACCUGAGCUAAACACGGAGAGUAUCUGGAUUUAAUUUCAAAUAAUGCACUGCAGUAUUCUUUCAUUGUGGAGGCAGAGUGGUAGCUCCUUGUGUUAGUCCUAAUGUCAAACAAAAUGGAUAUACAUAUAUUGGCAUUCUUGGGGUCCUGUAGUUUUUACUGUGCCCAGCUCAUAUUAAGCUCCAAAGUAGGCAGGAACUGAGGAGAUAACAUUAUGCUUAUUAUUGCCAUUUUUAAAGAGGCAGGUUAUAAAAAUCAAGGCGAUUUGUAUACUAAAUUUAAAAUGAUUGAAGCAGGACUGGCCUUGGAAAGGAAACCUUUAAGAAAAUAUUUGUUUUCUUGUGCCAAUUCCGUGAGUAGAAUAAGGAAAACUACCUAUAUACCAUGAGAAAAAUACUGUAGUGACUGCUCAUUCUUUUGAUCACUGUCUCCCUGGUACCAUUAAGGUUCAGAACAUAUUCACAUCCUACUUUACAGCCAUGGCCUCUUGAGAGGCCACUGAAGACACUUGAACCUGUUACCCAUACCCAGUCUCAGGUGACUUUUUAUUCCAGCCAUACCGAGGUCUGAUAAAUGCAGACCUGUGUAUGAACAGGGCAUUUGCCCUUUACACAGCAAUUCCACUGCCUGGUCCGACUCACUUAACUUAUAAACUUGGUAACUGGUGAGACAAAUAUAAAAGUUCAGAUUGUUUAUAGCUAGGAAAAAUAGCAUCCUAAGGCCGACAAUAACCCUGGAGAUCAACCAUAUGGUCAGCAGAUUUGCAUUUGUGUUUACCUUAUUUAAAGAUUGUUUUAUAUAAAAACUAAAAUAGCAUAAGAAUCUUUGAGGAAACAUGAAGAAGACAAGUUUAGUUUUAUUUUAUAUAUGCACACACACAAUUGUAUGGAGGAAAUAAAUCCAGGUUGUAUGAAAAGUUGCAUAUGAACCCAGCCAUGCCUCCUCAUUUUUAUUAAAAUACUUGUCACUGAAAUAAAUAUGUUUUCCUAGUU